CGCACUCACAGCGUCAGUUGCAGUCGAUUGCCCGAUUCGAUUCGAUCUUGUCAUUUUCAAUUCUCGCUUCACGAAAAUUUCGUGUGAGUGAAGAGUUUUCUCGCGAAUAGAAAAAAGAAAAAAUAGUGUGUUCGCGUGUCCUUUGUGUAGAACGAACCGUGUGAUCGACAGCGUCGUGGGAUUCUCCUUCUGGAUAACGUAAUCUUUUAUUUGGCCAAAGAUGAGUACGCCGGUAAAAAAAGUGCCCAUUCACCUGCAGAGCGCGCAAAACAGGCUGCUGAUCAAGAACGGCAAGGUGGUUAACGACGAUGGCAUCACGGACAACGACGUCUACAUCGAAGACGGGAUCAUAAAACAAAUGGGACGCAACCUGAUAAUACCAGGAGGCACGAGGAUCAUCGAUGCCCGUGGGAAGUACGUGAUGCCCGGCGGUAUAGAUCCGCACACCCACUUCGAACUGGAGCUUAUGGGAGCGAAGACUGUGGACGAUUUCUAUCAAGGGACCAAGGCAGCUGUGGCCGGCGGUACGACUAUGAUAAUCGAUUUCGUCAUUCCUAUGAAGGACGAGUCGCUGAUGGAAGCGUACGACCGGUACAGAGAGACCGCCGACAAGAAGGUCUGCUGCGAUUAUUCGCUCCAUGUCGCCGUUACUUCGUGGAGUCCAAAAGUCAAAGAGGAAAUGGCUACGUUGGCCAGCUCGCACGGUGUGAAUAGUUUCAAAAUGUUUAUGGCCUACCGUGACAUGUUCAUGAUAAGGGACCCGGAGUUGAUCGAGGCGUUCAAAGCGUGCAAGGAGUUGGGUGCAAUUGCGAUGGUUCAUGCGGAAAACGGCGAUAUUAUUGCCGAGAACACGAAACGAUUGCUCGAAGCAGGAGUUACAGGGCCGGAGGGUCACGAAAUGUCGCGUCCUGAGGAAGUGGAAGCGGAAGCUGUGAAUAGAGCGUGUAUGAUAGCCAGCCAGGUGAAUUCGCCGCUGUACGUAACCGCAUUGACGAGCAAAUCAGCCGCUGAUGUGGUUUCGGCUAAACGCUCGGAGGGUGUUGUCCUGUUCGGAGAAACUCUGGCGAGUGCCGUGGGUGUCGACGGUAGCGAGCAAUACGGGAAAGAUAUCGAAAAAGCCAGGGGUUACGUUACUAGCCCGCCGUUGAGACCCGAUUCCACGACACCCGCUUAUCUAAUCGAACACCUAGCUCAGGACGGUCUUCAAGUAACCGGAAGCGACAACUGCACCUUCAACGCGGAACAGAAAGCCCAGGGGAAGGAUGAUUUCUCCAAGAUCCCGAACGGUGUGAACGGUGUCGAGGACAGGAUGUCUGUCCUCUGGGAAAAAGGUGUCCACGCUGGUAUAAUGGAUCCGACGAGGUUCGUUGCAGUGACCAGCACUAAUGCCGCUAAGAUCUUCAACUUGUAUCCGAGAAAGGGAGUGAUCGCCAUUGGUUCAGACGCUGAUAUAGUUGUCUGGGACCCCAACAGGAAGCGUACCAUUUCCGCUCAGACACACGCUCAGGCCGUUGACUUCAACAUCUUCGAGGGUAUGGAGGUUCAUGGAGUGGCAGAGUAUGUUAUAGUCGAAGGACGAGUUUGCGUGGAUGAAUGCGAAUUGAAGGUUGUCCAUGGCUUUGGAAAGUUCGUGGAGACACCUUGCAAUGCUGAUUACGUGUACAGCAUGAUAGAAGAUAGAGAGAAGAGACCACGCGGUGUCCCGAGAUCCGAAGCAGAGGCGAAGAAGUACGCCGAAGAGGAUGCUGCUAUCGCGAAAGCAAGACAGGAGGCAAGAGCUGCUGCCCUUGCCAAGAGCUAUCAGACGAAUGGUACUUACGAGAGCCCGAAACCGAAAGUGAAGAUGCCUGACUGUUUACCAACAUUGCCUGACUCUGCGGUGGUUACGCCAUCGUCGAAAGGUCCACGACUAGAGGGACAGAGAAAUUUACAAGAUUCUACUUUCUCUAUUAGCGAGGACGUAGAGGAAGCAAGAAGAGCCUGCAUCCGCGUGAACAAUCCACCGGGUGGACGCAGUGCGGGAGGUUUUUGGUAAUUUAUUAUGAAAGAAAGAAUCAAGGUCCGCUUUGCAUAUAGGAAUUUUCUUUCGAGAGAAAGGUGAAUUGACGUGCCGAAUUCUCUCCUCACCUUCCUUCCAUUACGCGUACACAUUCUACAUAAACAUUUUCUUUCUCUAUUUCUAUUUUUUUUCCUAUCAGACAGCUUUCAGGUUCGCUAAAUCAUCCGUGAAAAUGUAUCGUUUCUCAUCAAUUGAUAUUCCCAUCGAUCAAGGUCUGUCCCAUCAAAGGAGGAAUCGGGAACCACGGGUCAGUAAAGUGUACACGUUCGUAUUCUCAUGUGUAUCACACCAUUUCUCGCUUCAUUAUCGCUUCAUUGCCGCUCUCUCUGUGUAUACCGUACGCUUCAAUUCUUUGACCUUGGACCGUUUGCGCGUUCUUUGUUAAGAUUCUGCACUUGUUCGAAUAAUCGACGGUUAGUUUUUUCACUUUGUGCAAUAGAUCUGUUAUGUUUCUCGUCCGAUGAAACGGUUUGUUUUUUAACGAUUAAUCGUCGUGAAUGAACGCGUGUUCCCUGUGUACCAUACGUUGUUUCAUUGUUUUAUAAGAUGUUACAGAAGAUGCUUUAUUCCUCGCGGUUAAGACGCUUUGUAUGUUUGUUUAAGUUUUCACGAAGAUCCUUGUGAAUACGAGAUCGGGACGUGAGAGAUAUAUUUCUGUUUCUCGAAAAUGUUUAUAGAUUUGUACAAAAAAAAAAAAAAAAAAUGAAUGAAGAAAGAAAUAGUAUUUGAUAACGAGGAAAUUCCAAGGUCAAGCUUACGAGCAAAUUAUAUUUAUUGCAUAAAUAUAUAUAUUAACUCUUCUAACUAUUCGAAAUCGUUUAUACACGAUAUCAAGUACCUUAUAAAGUAUUCAACGAUCGUGUUUAUUAAUUAAACACGAUCAUUUAAAAUAGAUACAUUAUUUGCUUCUCAAUAGGUUGUACAUUACACAUGAUUGUUGAUCAGUUUAUUGUUGUAACUUUGGUUUAUCUGUUUCGUGAACGAUCAUUUACAUAACAACGGUGUACAAACGAUCAUCGUCGUCGUCGUAGUCGUCAUCAUCGGUUUCAUCAACGACUUCACGCGAUGACGUAAAUAUUACAUUACAUGGUCGGUGUACAUAUUACGAGCGGAAGCCGUUUCGUUGUUCUCAUUUAAUCAAGGCUUCUCCAGCAUGCAACUGUCUCAUGGGCAUAAUAACAUUACACGUUUUUAUACAAUGUAACUUUAGCUGUAAAACCGACACCGGACAUCGUUAGUUUAAGUCUUAAGUUUAAGAAACAGCCCAUGAUGUUUAUGUUUCGUUAUACGUGUAACGUUAACGCGUUGACUGUAAUUCAAUGUAAUUAAAUAAUUAAAAAGAUGAAAGAACAGGAUUAUAUUAAUAAUAUAUGAGGUAGAAAAGCAUAAAUCUGAAAAUUAAUUAAUGGUAUCCUUAAUUGUAAUUAGAGCUUCUUGCUACACAUACGGCAGUCAACGUGUUAAUGAUAACAGAUGAUACGUUUCUGACCAUAGUAAUAGAUACAUGAUUCAGUUAAUUGUAAUGAGUGUAAAUAUUAAAGUAUCUUUAGUUUAAUAAUUCGAGGCAGUCGAACCGUUUGUUUUGCAGUAAAUUCACGUUAGUAUCUUCAAGUGAUACAUAGAUAUGGCUCAAUUACCACAGGAAUUCUGUGAAUCGGAACAAAGUGCUGAUAAAUGAGAAAAAGAAUUAGAUAAACUUUUUGGAUCUUUUUCAUCGUAUUUGUAUCGGUAGAAUUUUCGCGAAUCUAGGAUAGUUCGAGCGAUAAAGUGAUCUUCAAAUUCGUGAUACUAUAAAUUGUAUUGUAAAAUUCGCAAAAUUGAACGCAGCAUGAAACAAUGUUUUUAUUUAUAACAUACUUUGACACUUCGAAUAUUUAUCAAAAAUUUGAUAGAAAAAUAUUCCACCGUUCAAAGUAUCAAGAUUAAAAAGAUUGGUCGAUCCGACCCGUAGCUUGUACCAAUAUUAACUUAUAUUACGCACAAUUCUUAAAUAGACCAAGGUUAUCUGCUAAAAUCAUUAAUUAGCAGUUCCAUAUGGAGAAGAGAAUGUUAAUGUGAUGCAUUUAAAGAGAACGCACAUGUUGUUACAAAAUUUCACACAGAAAGAUCAAAUUGUACAUACCGGAUGUUCGGCUACAGGUUCGGGCAUUCUUCAUGGAGAUGGGUGCCGAGAUGAUCGCGAACAACUUUUUCCUUCACUAAAAUACUCGUUAAGGUACAGUUUUUAAAUUAGUAAUUCAAACACUAAUUACCCGCCACUCUCGCGGCCGCGCCUGCGCACUAUGCGCGCUCUGAUUGCGCGGGAUUUUUUAAAAAUUCAAGAGCCUUAAUAAGCAUUUUAGUAAAGGACAAAGUUGUUCAGAAUUACUCCAGUUACUACUCCCUGCAUGAAUGCCCACCCCUAAUCUAACACCCUGUAUAUUAUAUAAGAGAAAAAAACAUUUUAUAAAUUUCCCAAUUAACACUUUGACGAUCUUUUCAUGAAAUAUCUGACUCUUGCAAUUUUACAUAUGUAUACUUUAUUUUAUUCUAAUAGAAAUUAUAAUUAGCUUUAUUUAAUAUAGGUAUGCUGCAAAAUUACUAGUUUUCAAAUUGUAAUUAAUAUAAUAUAAGGCAAAUAAUAAUGGCAGAAAUGGUAAAAAAUUAAAUUGGCCGUCAAAGUGUUACCAUAAAUCCUACAUUCCUACUUUUAACAUGCUAUAUAAAAAUCAUCCUUCCUAUCCUUCUUCUUUUGAAUUAUUAUCAUUAAAAAAAAUGAUAUCCAUUAUUAUUUUAUGAAUUCUGUAAGACGUGUACCAUGAGAAACAAUACAAGUGCUCGUCAGUGAAAGUAAAUCUACCAGUGAUGGUUUCAAAGGAUGGUAAUAACGUUAAGAUUAACGACAUUAACAAUAAUAAUCGUCGCAUAAUAAAUAUCCAUAAGUAUGUUACAAAUUUUACUGGAUAAUUAUAUAAAUAAGCGAAAGCUUGGCCUGAGCUACUCGAUAAAUGACCAAAAAUGGUUUAUCCUUUAAUUACCAUUGUAACUGAAUAUCUAUAUAAACGCAUUGCCGUGUUAAAGGAGACUUUUUAGAUCGCAUUUAGAGGAAUCUCGGAUAGUUUUUCAACGUAGAUUUUUUAUCAAAAUUUCACCAACAUUUCUAAGAGUUUGUAUACAAGCAUAGUAAUUUUAACGAUAAGUUUGUUAGGGAUUGCAAGAAUUCGAGAUCAUUUUCAUCGUCUAGGAUUGUUCGUUACAAUUAAUUUUGUAAUAAAAACGUUUCACACGAUGCAUCGUUGUUUUCUAACGAUAUAAUUACGUAGCUUCGUUACAUAAGACUGCUUGAAGCCUGAUUAAACCGAGAAACGGUUUUAUUUCAGACAGCUUACCACAGUUCAAUGCAGAAGCGUCAUUAAUCCUCGUUUGUUUUUUACAAUUUGUAGUCUAUCGACGUUUAUUGAGUCUUAAAUACAGGGGUUGGAUACAAUAAUUGGAACACUUGUUACAGACACAUGUUUCACUAAUUAGCAGGUUGUCCACCAUGAGAUCAUUAGUGUCUGGCGCUUCAAAUGGAAUAUAAUUAUAAUUAAAUAAUUAAUAAAAGACAGAAGACAAAAUUUUAAAUAGUAAUACUAUUAUAUAUAUCAAUGAUACAAGGCAGCAACAUAAAAAUUUACAAUUUGUAUGCUUGGUAAUUAGAGCCUCAACAUGUCUUGUUACAAUUGGUCAUUUAACUAGUGUUUCCAUUAUUCAGUCCACGUUCUGAAUAUUGUUUAUUAUGCGCGUUACAUUUGUUUAACGAUCGUCUUGCGUUAAUUUGUUCGCUGUUACAUGAAGAUCUACAUUCUACAAAGAAAUUUGUUGUUCGAACGAUAAGUAUUCCGAGGGCUUGGUAACAGAUUUACCUUUAUAAACCGCAGGAAAAUAAAUGAAAACGUAUGAUUAUUAUCAAUGUGUUCACGUUGCGCGUGACUUCGAGUCGAGUAUUCGAAAUGGAAUGUAUAGUUUAUCGACAUAAUUAAGUGAUACAGCUAGAGUACGUAUUUAUGUCUGUUACAAAUGUAUGUGAUUGCUUGAAAUAAAAUCCUGACAUGAAUAUUAAA